AUGCUAAACAAUCGCAGACAAGAAAAUUGCAUCUCACAUUUAUCGCAGACAUUCUUCAAUUUCCCAAAAAAAGAAAACGAUGGAUUGACCUACCUGUUGUCCGAUGUUGAAGCAAGAUUCCCGCUUGGGGGACCCACAGCAUUUUACAAUCAAUGGAAGAGGAGAUUUAGGAUUGUUUGGUCCCUGCUGUCUGACAGGUGGCGGGCCGUGGAUAUUGCAAAGAGGAUUGUAGCAUUAUGGGGCCAAAUUAAUGUACGAUUUACCCGCCCGGGAAUGCGGCUGAGUAAGGAUUUCAAGGCCAAAGUCAAAGAGUGGCAGAGACUGCCAUAUGUGAACCCUUAUAAAUUAGAAGAAUUCAAGAGAACUAAAAAUGGGAGGUCAAGCCGCCACCACAGAGGCUGUGUAGAUGAGUUUGCUGACAAUGUUUGA